AAAUCUCCCUCCUAGUCAAUUUCCCAGUGCAAGUUCACAGCAGGAUCUGUCUGGCAGGUAAAGAGUUAAAGGCAUCAUCACAGCCAUUAGAGGGAAAAGUUGAAGCGAUGCAAGCACAGCGGAGUCCUACAGCCCUCCCCUUUUGCCCACUCCCCACUCCUCAGGCUGGUUUAGUGUUUAGGGAGAGCAGUGAUCACGCAGUCCUGAACAGCAAGCUGACGUUGGAUGAGCUGCCAGGUAUCUGAAAACAGUCAAGGAAGGGAGCCGAGAUCCACUUUUCACCGUUUCUACUCUGGAUCUGGACUUACAGCUUCACAGCGUCCAAGUCAGCCCAUUUUUUUUUCCUUCUGUGCUUCUCAAUACCCUUCCCCAAAGACAAUCCACCCGCUGAGUAGGAGCAGAAUGCUUUCAGUGUCGCAUCCAGGGAGACAACGCAGAGCAUUUUUAUAGAUUUGCACGGAUUUCGUCCAGGGCAUUUUGGUGUCAGUUAACCUGAUGUGACUUUUCUUUUCAGUUUUGGAAUAAUGGGGAUCUUUUGGGCUUAUGUUGGAUUCAUUUUCUUUUCUGUUUUAUAUAUACAGCAAGGACUUUCUUCUCAAGCAAAAUUUACUGAGUUUCCUCGAAAUGUUACAGCAACUGAGGGGCAGAAUGUGGAAAUGUCAUGUGCUUUCCAGAGUGGUUCUGCCUCAGUUUACCUGGAGAUCCAGUGGUGGUUUUUGCGGGCAGCCGAGGAUCAGGACACUGGAGCAGAGGUGACAGGGACUCAGGUGGAGCUCUUACCAGAAAGAGACCUAGAUAAUGAUGGGACAAAAAUCAGUACAGUAAAAGUACAAGGGAAUGACAUCUCCCACAAGCUUCAGAUUUCCAAAGUAAGGAAAAAGGAUGAAGGCUUAUAUGAGUGCCGGGUGACAGAUGCCAACUAUGGAGAUCUUCAAGAAUACAAGGCCCAAGCCUAUCUUAAAGUCAAUGCAAACAGCCACUCUCGGAGAAUGCAGGCCUUUGAAGCCUCUCCCAUGUGGUUACAAGACAUGAAACCCAGAAAGAAUAUCUCUGCAGCUGUUCCCAGUAGCAUCCAUAAUUCUGCUAAUCAGCGAAUGCGUUCCACCUCCAGCCCUCAAGCUGCAGCCAAAAUCCCCAAACAAAGUCCACAAUCAGCAAAGAGCAAAUCGCCUGUAAAAUCUUCGGAGCGGACAGCAAAGUUGACCCUAAACUCCAACCACCACUCUGCACCCAAUGUACUCUAAUUCUCUACACAAGGAGCACCUUCUUCAGGAAGUUAAAAAAAAAAUUAAACAAAAAAACUAAAACAAAAAGUUUAAAAAAAAGAAGAGGAUUGUCCACGUUUUAUUAAUAAUAUUUUCUUUGGCAGACCACUGAGCUUUUAGUUCAAGAGGACUGGUGUGAAGUGAUAGGACAUUUUGUAACGGCGAGACUUGUUUUCCUUUUCUUUCGGCAAGUAGAAGCACUGUAUCAUUGACUGCUCAGGGGUUGGCCUGUAAGUCAUCAGUAUAAGUGUUCGAUGCGGAUAUCCUUGAUUUCCACUAGGUAACACCGUUUCUCCACUGGAGGCAAACAGAGACCAAAAAAAAAAAAUAAAUGAACAAAUAAAUAAAUAAAUAAAUAGAAUCCUACAGUAUAUCCUUAAACAUCAAUUAAAACUUGCCUUUAUGGGGAGGAACAAAAAUUUUGACAUGACAAGCCAACGUAUAGAACAUUAAUUUAAAGCAGAAAAAAAUAAACACAUGGACAAGAAUGAAGUGAUUUUUUUGUACUUUUUAAAAGAAUUUUCUUCGCUUGUGUUGCGGUUCUUUUUCAUUUCUUUCUUUUUUUUUUCUUUUUCUUUCUAUUUCUUGUUCAAUGGUGGCAAGUGCUGAUUAAGGCCAAUCCCUGUUAACUGCGUGGAGGUUUCUAUAAAUACAUUUUUUGAGUGUCCUCUAUUUCAUUGUGUUUUUAAUCUAAUUUUGCAAUUCCUGUAUAUGCAAAGCUGACAUAAAUUCUGUAAAUUGCUUACAGUACAUGUGAUAUAACUUCAAAGUAGGCAUAAUAUGAUCCUCAUGCAAGCCAAUUUUUAAUAUAAUAUAUAUCUAUAUCUGUAUGUCGUGCCACCAACAAACAUCUUUAUUUCCUUUUUUGAUGAAGCAUACUAUUUUAAUUUGUAAUUUAGUAUUGUGUGGAUUUUGUAAUACAUUAAUUCACUUUCGCUGGUUUGACACUUGCAGAUGUCUGCUAAUUUCUGUAAAAUGCACAUUAAAAUUUGUAAUGGUCUCUGAAAAAUGAACUAUUUCA